AUGAAAGUGUAUCUACAGUCACUGAUCUGUGAUUGUUCACAAUUGACUACAGACCCAAGAAACGCGGAUACGGUAUACAAUUUGCCUGAUAGAGACGAACUGGAGAUGCAAGUCUAUAGCAGGGGCUCAAAGGGUCUCUGUGUGUUGCUAUUGCACGGCGGAGGCUACUCUGGUCUGACUUGGGCGUGUAUGACGAAACAACUCAACAGCAUGGUGGAAGUGCAAGUGGUGGCGCCUGACAUCCGUGGUCAUGGAGGAACGCGAUGCGCGCAAGAGAGCAAAGUAGAUAAGGCCACACAAUGCGAAGAUAUUGCGGCGCUUAUCAAGCUGAUGUUCGGUACAACACCACCCCCCGUUCUAGUGGUUGGCCACAGCAUGGGGGGAGCAAUCGCAAUACACUUGGCAAAUGGGCCUUAUCUGGCUACGUUAGCUGGGCUGGUGGUCAUUGAUGUGGUUGAGGGAACAGCUAUAGAAGCUCUAGGCCAUAUGUCUACGAUACUGGAGAACCGGCCGUCGAUUUUCAGGUCUAUGGAGUACGCUAUCGAAUGGAGCAUCCGGUCACACCAUGUGCGCAAUAUAGAAGCAGCACGUGUGUCAAUGCCAGGGCAACUGGUGACCGUCGCAGAACACAAGCGGAUAAGUAGGACACAUGUUUGUGCACCAUCCGACCAAACAGAUUCACAGCCAAGCGGCACAAAGCCGAUAUCUACAAGCAUACGCAAGGGUAUCACAGGUAUAGUAGAAGAGGAGGAAGAGGAGGACGAGAGUGCCGGCGCUAGCGUGGAAGGCCAUGUCAGCACCACACCAGCUGCGGAUAGUCAAACUGAGCCUAUCCAGGCUCAAAGCGAUAAGUUGAAGGAUAAAUAUGAUGGUCCAGCACUGAAACUGGGUCUGAAAGCGAUGAAGAGUUCUGUGGACAGCAGUGUGUCCGACGGUGCGAAUGGCAAAAGUAGUGAACGGUUUGUAUGGAGGACAGACCUACUGGCUACAGAACCGUACUGGCGCGGGUGGUUCGAGGGUAUCUCGCAUCUAUUCUUAGGUACAUCUGUGGCCAAACUGCUGGUGCUGGGUGGGAUCGACCGUAUGGACACGGAGAUGAGUGUGGCACACAUGCAGGGCAAGUACCAGCUGAAAGUGAUGUCGUCUGUAGGCCAUGUGGUGCAUGAGGACACACCCGAUCGAGUGGCAGAGUGUCUGGCGGAAUUCAUAGUGCGCAAUCGCUUAGCUACGCCUCUGGACGGCUACAAAGGGCUACGGCCUGUUGUGUGA